AUGGUGGGUUAUACACAUUCAUUCUACCCACAUCCCAAAACUGCGCAAGAUCCGGCACAAUGGACUAGUCCGACACGGACCGCUGUGAAGCGGAGUCCUGUGGUUGUAUCACCUUUUGCAUCGUCAUUGCUCUUGAGUUGUUAUGAGACUGAUGAUUUCAAAAUAUUAGGCAAUCGAGUUGACAAAAUCAUUGAAGUAGAGGAGCUCAAAGCGGCGGCUGGAUAA